CACGAGACUCCAUUUACCAUCUGCCCUUGCGAUAUUUAACGUCAAAUGGGGUCGGACUCAUGCCGUUGAUGGUAGCCUACAGCCCUACGAUCAAAACAAGUAUAAGUGGAACGCAGCUAAAUUACUAAAAAAAAAAUGUCUGCAGUUCGCUGUCUUCUGUAAUGGGGAGUCGAAGGGCCUGAGGAUUCCCCCAUAAAAUUCUUAUUUGUCUGCUCAAGUUGAUAAAUCAUGUCGAUGACCUUCGAGGCAGGGAGUAGAGUGACGCUGCUGUUUGACUUCUGGGAUGUGCACGGACCCGCAGGGAUGGUGCUGUCUGUUUUUGUGGUCCUCCUGUUGACGGUGUUCUACGAGCUGCUGAAGGUGUGGAAGGUCCAGCUGGGAAAGCCCUUAAAGCAGCCCACUCAGCCAGCCUUCCCACAGCCUUUCCCCCCUCCCCUCCACUCCUCAGACUGCCAGGGAAGCAGCGCUGUGUUUGCCAGUAGCCUGUCAGAGUCUUCUCUGGCCCCCACGGAACAGGCUGUUCCCACUCCCUCCCCCAUGAACAGAUGGCGUCUCCAUGGUAUCCAGACAGCCAUGCACAUCCUGCAGGUGACUCUGGGCUACAUACUGAUGCUGUGUGUCAUGUCCUACAACACCUGGAUCUUCCUAGGGGUCAUCUUGGGCUCGGUCCUGGGAUACUUCAUAUGGUUCCCACUACUGAGUCAAAUCUGAUCAAACAAUGGAAUCGAAAGUUAUUUUCCUGGACUAUAGAUCUACAGGGACUAGCUAUCCCAUACCUGUUGGUCAAAUAUUUGAUCUGAAGAGCAUAUUGUAGGAACUCCCAUGGUUUAUGUCAUUCUGACUGUUGUGCACUGAUGCGCAAUAGAUCUCCCUGUGACUGUGUCGCUUAUCAAGUUACCCGAAGUGGAAGGUUGUUCCAGUACUUCUUCCCUACUAUACAUGAUCUUAAUUAAAAAGCAAGAUGGAGACUUCCAUAUAGUGACACAGAUGUACACAGAGUACAGCAUAGGAGUGAUUGAGCCAUGAUCCCUUUUUAUCAAAGUUUUAUGAAGUUUUACAUUGUGUUCAAGCAAGGCAACUGUUACCAUGUACUACACAUCCACAGUCAUCAUUUUGACCAGGGCUUGAGUUCAAUGUUGUCAACCUGUGGUUACUUGACUUAAGGCAGGGCUGCCAAACCCUCUUCCUGGAGAUCUACUGUCCUGUAGGUUUUCAGUCCAACCUUUAGAGUAUCUGAUUCAGCUGGUUAAGGUCUUGUUGAGCAGCUAAUUCGUAGAAUCAGGUGUGUUUAAAUUAGGGUUGGACUGAAAACCCACAGGACUGUAGAUCUCCAGGAAGAGGGUUGGGCAGCACUGACCUAAGGUUUGUCAUUCUACCAUUUCACUCCAAGGUCAGACUUCCAGCCAGCACAGAAGCAUGUGAUGGAGUAUUGUAAACUCCAUAGAUACUGCAAGUCAGGCUCAUUGGGAAACAGAUUGUUCUAUUGCUCUGAAAUACAGAGGAGAACAGAAUCUGGGUCAUGUUGUGUUUUUUAAUCAUUUGCAAGAGAGCCACUGUAGAGAAACCAACCAUUUGGUGCCUUUUAUAUCAAAUAAACAGAUUAAUAUUUUCAUUUUAA